GAACAAAAACGCGGGACGGGGAGUCAAUUAUAUGCCGCCGUCCGGCGCAGCGCAAUUUUAAUUGAUAAGCCGUCGUCUGACGCGAAAAAAUUAAUUAGCAACAAAUCGGAGGCGGCCGAUGGCCGGUCGUCAACGGCAACGUCUUGUUAGUCGGGGGACAUCUGAUGCAACCGGUUUUUUUUUCUCUCGCAAGACGCAGGUGUCGCGAUCGGGUUGCUUUAAUCUCGCGCCAAACCGUCCCGGGGGCUGGCGAUUUCGAUUAUUAAGGGUGUCGGAUGACGCCCGGCCGCCUUGGAUACGGUUAUGUAACGGUUUCGCGGCGGGGUCGGGGGGACGCGCGCUGAUUGACCGUCGAACGCGCGCGCGCGGCGUUGCCGCCUCGCGCGUUUCGUCCCCGCGCGCGGGGAAAAACAUCGCGGCGGCGGCGGCGUAUCGACGCCGCCUUCGAUCGGCGGUUUAAAAGGUGGCGGGCGGCCGCGCGGCCGAACAUUCGAACGUCGCACGGCGCCGCGCCGCGAUCGCGCCCCACCGACAUGAUCGUAGCGAGGAACCACGCCGCGGAGGUGCCGUACGCGCGGCUCCUCCAGGUGCCUCCCGACGGCGACGGCGACGAGUUCAUCACGCUCGAGGAGCUGAAGCCGUCCGCGCACCACCACCACCAAGAGUACCAACCCACUUAUUACGAGCUCACCACCGUCGCGGAGAACCCGUCUUCGUCGAACAUGUGCUGUCCGGGCGUCGUCUCCGUCGCGGCGUCCCCGUGCACCUCGACGAUGGAGGUGCCCGUGGUCGACAGCACGUUCAACCACCCCAGGAGGAAGCGGAAGCUGUCGUCUCACGCCAGCGACCUCGACGACGACGACGCGAAGUCGACGAAGACCGACGAGAACAAGAAGCAAAACCACAGCGAGAUCGAGAAACGCAGACGGGACAAAAUGAACACCUACAUCACCGAGCUGUCAGCGAUGAUCCCCAUGUGCCACGCGAUGUCCAGGAAGCUGGACAAGCUCACCGUGCUCAGGAUGGCCGUGCAGCACCUCAAAACUAUAAGGGGGGCGGUCCAUUCGUACACCGAGGGCCAUUACAAGCCGUCCUUCCUUUCCGACCAGGAGCUGAAGCACCUGAUCCUGCAGGUGGCUGACGGGUUUUUGUUCGUCGUCGGGUGCGACAGGGGCAGGCUGCUCUACGUGUCCGAGUCGGUGUCGAAAGUGCUCAGCUACACGCAAGGCGAGCUGCUCGGUCAGAGCCUCUUCGACGUGUUGCAUCCGAAAGACGUGGCCAAGGUCAAGGAACAACUCUCCGCGUCCGAUAUGAGCCCCAGGGAACGUCUGAUCGACGCCAAGACAAUGCUCCCGGUGAAGACCGAUCUUCCUCAGGGCGCGUCGAGACUGUCUCCUGGCGCGCGGAGGUCGUUCUUUUGCCGGAUGAAGUGCAAAAUCGCGUCGCACAUCAAGGAGGAAGCCGAUACGACGACCGGAUAUCACCGAAAAAAGUCCAAACUCAACUCCGAUAAGAAGUACACCGUGAUCCAGUGUACCGGCUACCUGAAGUCGUGGGCGACGACGAAGAUGGGCCUCGACGAUCGCGAGGAGUCCGAGACUGACUCCAGCAGUCUGUCGUGUUUGGUGGCCAUCGGCAGGGUGCUGCCGCCGCCGGCCGUGCCGCUUCGAGGCGGCGCGACGAACGUCAGGCCGAUUCAGUUCGUGUCGCGUCACACCCUCGACGGCAAGUUUUUGUUCGUCGACCAGAGGGCGACCUUGGUGCUCGGUUUCCUGCCCCAGGAGCUGCUCGGCACCAGCAUGUACGAGUAUUACCACCACGACGACAUGGACGCGAUGGCUUCCCGCCAUAAGAUGGCGCUGCAAGCGACCGCACACUUGGUCACCGGUCCGUACCGGUUCCGGACGAAAGAUGGCGCCUUCGUCAGGCUGCAGAGCGAAUGGAGGGCGUUCAAGAACCCGUGGACCAAGGAGUUCGAGUACCUCAUCUCGAAGAACAGCCUAGUCAUGAACGACUCGUUCGCUCCGCACACGAGCCUCGAGAAGGCGUGUCCGCAAGAAAACGACGACUUCUUCGCUAGCGGCGGCGGCAAAGACAUCCACCGGAUAAUCAACACCCACGUGGAGGCUAGCAAGAUAGGACGGGAGAUCGCCGAGCAGGUCCUGGACUCGCAGAGGGGCGUGGCCAGCAGUCCGGACGCCGUCUCGUCGUUCGACGUUUCGGCCGAGCCUCGCGAUUCCUUCCUCAGGCAGCAGCCCCAGUUCGGGUACCAGCAAACGUACGGCGGCACCAGCAGCGACAGCAGCGCCGCCCCCUCAUUGGUUUCGCCUGACGCCGGCGACUCCGGUCCCGACCCUAACGGCAUCAUCAGGAUCAUGGAGGACGCGGUGCGGGAGUCGGCUGCGCCCUCUGGCGACGGCAACGACGAGGCCGCGAUGGCCGUCAUCAUGAGCCUGCUGGAGGCGGACGCGGGGCUCGGCGGCCCCGUCGACUUCUCCGGCCUCCCGUGGCCCCUCCCUUGACCCAGCCCCGCCAUAUUUAUUGACCUUAUAUCCGUUUAAGUGUAUUUAUUUCGUAGCGUAGCUCCAAUAAACGUAGUA